AUGUCGUCCAAGAACACUCUCUGGGUCAGAAUCCUCAUUCUUAUCGUCGCCACUGUCUUUCUCGCUACGCUCUUUCAUCAAGCAAGAUUUGGGAACUGGAAAUCCCUCACAAACAAUUUCAGGAAGAACUCUGCCCCACUACCUGCAGCUUCAACAGAACGUUAUCGCGAAUCACCUCCGUCUCUCGAGGCGCAUUUUGUGCCACCUGACUUGGAACGUCAAGACUACCGAGAAUGGAACGCCCGUACUUUAAGAGAUCUUCAUUCGUGCAUUGCCUUGGAUAAUUGUGGGCCCAACCAGCGCAAGGUUGCCCUAUUGGCGGCUCAUUGGUUUCAGCAAGCUGUAGUGCACGGUUUCAAAGGAGGAGAAGGAAUAUGGGGGGUAUCUGUGUACAAAAACCUCCGAAGGCUGGGCUACACGACACUUUUCGCGACUAGCUUUGGUAGGACACAUUAUUAUGUCUUCCAAGACCAGUCUCUCAUGUCGUUGGCAGAGGAAGCUCUCUUCCAGUAUCGAAUGUUUCCCGACCUUGUCAAGGUCGUUAUCCGGAACAGGGCUGGGGAGUGCCACAAAGACCCUCAAUGUGUUAAAAGUCCAUCGAAUCCUACAGGAAUUCCGGCCUGGAAAAUUUUCGACUUUGAAUUCUUCCCAUCACAUGGCUGGCACGGAGGAGCUUCUCUCCUGAAGGGUAAAUGGAUUCUCUCUGCAAAUCCGGACGAUCUCUAUCAUGGUGAAGCGCCAAGCCCUAUUCAAUACCUUGGUUACUCAAUCGAAGAGGCGUGCAGUGCCAUUCCUGUCAAACCUCUCUCGGAACGCGCUGACCAAGUUUGGAUUCUCAUGAAGGAAAUCUAUUAUAUCUACAAUAUUGACGACUUCGCCUGGAACCGGUCCUACUUCUCCCUGGCGUUUCAAGAAAUAGGAACAAAAUUUGUUGGAGGGUGGGACAUGAACCAACAUUAUAAUUGGGACCCGGAAGAACAGGGAGAGAUGGUCACUAUUGAAGACAGGGAACACGGCGUGAUCAAUAAUGGUAUCCUCACUCAAUCGGAGUUCAAACAUCAAGUCGGCAACAGCAGGAUGAUGAUUGGAGUGGGCAGCCCUUGGUGGAGUCCCUCGCCAUACGACGCUUUGUGUCAAGGAGUACCAUUCCUCAAUCCUAUUAAAAGUUAUGACCAUAGUGAUCCCUGGAACAAAACGAAAUGGUACUACUCACAGCACCCAUCCCUGACUCGUUACGACCCUCCAUAUGUCUACAACGUCCACUAUCAAGAUUAUGCUGGAUUUGUCAAUGCCGUUAAAGCAGCUUCUACAACGGAGAUAGGGAGAUUUAUCCCUGAGCAUAUGACCGAGACGGCGGUCCAGGAUCGCCUUGUCCUCCUGAUGGAAACUGACUGGAAAACACGAGCGGAGGUUCUACUAGCGGAACGACUGAAGGAAGGGGGGGAUGCAUAUGUCUUUGAGAUUUAG